CGUGAAUCACGCUUCAGAAACGCUCUCUCUCUUUCUCUGCCCGCCGUCGUCCUCGAAUGCACCCUGUGCUCACCGCGACAUUGACCCGUGUGCCGUGUCGCCGCCGGACACCGCCGUCGACGACGGGCCAGCAGCGGCCACCUCGAUCGAGCGCCAGUGAUAGAACGGCGAUCGGCCAGCCAGUCGGCGUCCCUCCUCGUCGAUCGAGAGAAGCGACACCCACGAGGAAGUCGCCCCGGCCCCCGCACCGAUCGCUCGUACCGCCAGCGAUCGCCACGACUACUCGUCCCGUUCGAGUUCCGCAGCCGGUGUCGAGGGCUCUGUGAUAAUUUCGCGGAGAGUGGCCUUCGCCACGGCGAGAGGACCCGCACCUGCGAAUCCACCUACCGGGUGUGCCUUUCGAGAAUCGCGCGAACGCUACUGAGAACUCGUCGUCGUCUUCUUCUUCUUCUUGAUUGCGUGGUCGUCGUGGUCGUCGUUGCUGGCGGGCUGGAGGCUUCUCUCUACGAGGAGGUUGUGCGGCUGAAAGUGAAAGUCGCGAGAACGAGGCGCGAUACAUAUAAGCGUACAUCGACGCGCGCGUUGACGAAACGCGGGUUCAAUUAAAGGCAUAGAGACGCAGCAACGGAGGAUAGACUGGCAACAAAGAAACAGAAGCGGAUACAACAUGUCAGAUGAGGAAGACAAACCCCCUGCACCCCCUGUUCGAUUGACAUCAAACAGGGGGGAAUCAGCGCCUAAUCUACCAGUGGAUAUGCGUCCAUUACCUAAGGAGCCGGAUUCCGACGAGCGCAAGAAGAAAACGCUAAAAGGCAAGAUGAAAGUGAAGGAGAACAAGGACAAACCCAACAUCAGCUAUCCUACGAAUUUUGAGCAUACCGUGCACGUCGGAUUCGACGCUGUCACUGGCGAAUUCACGCUGCCACUGAAAGGUAUGCCGGAGGCAUGGGCGAGACUGCUCAUGUCCAGUAACAUCAGCAAGCAGGAGCAGAAGAAGAACCCGCAGGCUGUGCUGGAUGUAUUAAAUUGGUACGAUAGCAGCAGCAAAGAAGCGAAGGGCUCGAAAUACAUGACCACGACCAAGAUGGUCGGAGUUGUCGAGUACAAUACCCCUUCAGCUCCGAUCGAAAGAGCGAGUAGUCCUCGGAGUAUGGGAAUGGGUAUCAGCACGGGGGUGGGAAAUAUUCGUGGCCAAGCAAUGUCCCAGGCAUCCGGCAGCUCUCAUUCGCAGCAUUCGUUGAGCAGGAUCAGCAGCAGUAGCCCGAGUAGCACGCCGACGGAUGCAUGCGCGACCAGCUCGGAGCAGGAGGACGAGCCACCGCCGCCGCCGAUCUCCGCCCGGCCGGAACGCACGAAGUCGAUUUACACGAAACCUAUAGAAGAGGAACCACCGCCUCCGAUGACGACUGCGCUAGGCUCGCCGCAACGGAACGGCAUGCAGCAACAGCAACAGUCGCAGUUAGAUAGAAAUAAGAAUCAAGCGACGCCAACGUCAACGACGACCGAUCAAACGCGACCGGCGCAAAGCGACAAGGCCAGAAAGAAGAAAAUGUCGGACGACGAGAUAUUAGAGAAGCUCAGAACAAUCGUCAGCGUGGGUGACCCCAAUAGAAAGUACACGAAGAUGGAGAAGAUAGGACAGGGCGCCUCGGGAACGGUGUAUACGGCAAUAGAAACGUCCACCGGCAUGGAGGUUGCAAUAAAACAGAUGAAUCUGUCGCAACAGCCGAAGAAAGAGCUUAUAAUAAACGAGAUCCUGGUAAUGCGGGAGAACAAGCAUCCGAACGUUGUAAAUUACUUGGACAGUUAUCUAGUUGGGGAGGAGCUCUGGGUGGUCAUGGAAUAUUUGCCGGGCGGCAGUUUGACCGACGUCGUCACCGAGACUUGUAUGGACGAGGGUCAAAUCGCCGCGGUGUGCAGGGAAGUGCUGCAGGCGCUCGAGUUCCUUCAUUGUAAUCAGGUUAUACACAGGGACAUCAAGUCCGACAACAUCCUGCUGGGCCUGGACGGCGGGGUGAAGCUCACCGAUUUCGGUUUCUGUGCGCAAAUCUCGCCGGAGCAGAGCAAACGGACGACCAUGGUGGGCACGCCGUACUGGAUGGCGCCGGAAGUCGUAACGCGGAAGCAGUAUGGACCUAAGGUUGAUAUAUGGUCGUUGGGUAUAAUGGCAAUUGAAAUGAUCGAAGGGGAGCCACCGUAUCUGAACGAGAACCCGCUGAGAGCGUUGUAUCUGAUCGCGACGAACGGCAAGCCGGAAAUCAAGGAGAAGGACAAGCUGUCAGGUAUAUUUCAAGAUUUCCUGGAUCAGUGCUUGGAGGUCGAGGUGGAGAAACGAUCCGCGGCUUCCGAUCUAUUAAAGCAUCCCUUUCUGAAAUUAGCCAGGCCACUAGCGUCGUUAACACCUUUGAUAAUGGCAGCGAAGGAAGCUGCUAAGGGUCAUUAAGGGACGGCGGUGCGUCUUUAGGCUGUAAGUCGUGAAACGUGAGUGUAAGAAUGAUGCGAGGAAAAGGUAACAGAAAUAAUGAAUCACCCUCCCAAAACGGAAACGGCACAAUAAUUCAAUAAUAUAUAAUAAAUAAUGAAUAUAAACGUAUAUAUAUAUAUAUAUAUAAAUAAAUAUAUAAAUAUACACAUAUAGAUAUAUGUAUAUGCAUGCACAUGUGUAUAUCGUAUGCGAUGUAUUCUGAAUAAUAUACGGCGUCGUACCACAUAUCAUGUACACAUGCGUAUGCAUAUAUCCAUUACAUAUGCAUAUAGAUCGUAUAGGUAAAUAGAUAUUGAUAGGUAGAUAGAUAGGUAGGUAGUUAGAUAGAUAGAACUUAUUCGGUACUGUGAUGAGGUAUCGGAAACAAAAUGGUUGCGGAGUUUUUAAAGAAAAUGCUCGAUUCUCGCACGUUGCGAGAGCACGAAACACAAAGUUAGAUCAGUAGGAGCUAUGAGCUCGAUCUGACGGCGGAGAUCUUGUUUUCCUCGAUUGAAAUCCAAGUUACAAUUAAGUGCAAUGGACUCGGGAAAGUCGUAACCUAGUCUUCGCAGAGGAAAUAAAACGGGAAAGAAAACGGAACGGUUCUUUACUGUACGCUGUUGCCUGAGAUGAGCUCCUGGCGCAAUUCCGAUGGAUCGUCAUCGAGGAAAUACAAGCAAUUGUCAGUUAUUUUCUAAAAAUAUGAGACUAGUAUUAUUAACUCUAACGAAAAAAGAAAAUUCGGAAAAUCGGAGCUAGCAAGAAGCGCAUAUUAUUUAUAGCGAGAAACUUACUAGAUAAUACCACAAACAAAUGUGAGCAUAGGACCUAUUCUAAUAUAUCGUCAUCGUUUAACGGGAGAGAUAGUAGACAGAGGAAAAAGAAGAUUGGUCUUUGUGUCGGACUCAUAUUUUUUGAUGGAAGCUACGGUCAAGCAGAGCAAUAUGUUUCCAGUGCGUUUUGGCCCGGUUAGUGCGAAGAUGGCUGGGUAGCAACAGCCUAACCAGUUUUUAACUUUGUUUAUCCAGUAAUCGCGUUCUGAUCGCUGAACAUUUAUUUGUUGUCGAUCAAGUUUUCUUAUAUUGAAAAAAAAUCAUUUUAGCAAAUUUCUCAAACAGAAACACCGCGACUUCCGUUGCCGUUCAAUAUAUAGAGAUCGGUUUUUAUACCAGUGUUGCAAACCGACUGCAUAAAGAAAUUGCAUAUCUCGUUUGAAGCUGCUAACUUAGAUUUCUAGGGCAAGAAAUGAGUAAUUUUUCUCAUUCGCGCCAUUAAAGAAAAGAAAGGAAAGAGAAACAGAGACACGUUAAGACGUCGAACUUAUUACUGAAGUUUAUUACUUAGUUGAUAAGAACAUCUUUCCGAGGACAGUGCUUGUCCACGUUCACGUGUGUUCUUCGCUGUAAGUCCAACGCAACUGUCUUUAACGUGUCUUGCAGAACAAAAAGGCGAAAAAGGAAUAACGAACGGACGAUCGAUGAAACUUGAAGGCAAGGUUCAGACGUAGGAGCAUUUUGUGACACUAUAAAGUGCCUGUCUUGUUGUUUAGAGACAUGAAGAAAAAAAAACUCGCGCUAGAUUUCUUAUAUGAACCACCGUAUUACGAUUUGUAAUAUUUCGUUCUAUAGCAUCGUGAGGGAGAAGAAACAAAUAAGCAAGUACGUAUAUAGUGAAUUUGAGUUUAACGUAUAAAAACGAAAUUCGUGGUUCUGUAUGUAUGGUUGUAUUUGCAUCGAACAUUAUUAUUAAGAUAUGUCUUUCCUAUUAAUAUUGUAUUAUACAUUAUUCGAGAGCGUCGUCGUGUCAUCGAAACUUGCAAGUAUUUAGUUAUUUUAGGCGAUAUCGUGACUGUUAGAUUUGUAUUCGUUUUUUAUUCUCUUCAUUUUCAUAUGUCUCCCUAAUUACUUUCGAUCGAGACUGUUAGUCACGCGAAAACAAGCGUUUAAAGUGUCAAGAAUUUGAAAUGUCAGAGCUGUGGCACAGUUAUUUAUGAACUUCCAAUUCCAGUGGCAAGUACAAAAGAAACAGUCGGAAAUUAAGAGAAAAAAGCAUUGAACAUUUGUUGUUUUUUUUUUUUCGAAUAACGAGUUUGACAUUAUUCCGCUUCCUCGCUUUCGAGUUUCCAAAGCUCACGAAUGCCACUUAAUCUUGAUUUUCGGUUUUUCGCGUGGUAAAUGUGUAGCUCGAUCGAGAGGGUGGGAUUUUUGUUAUCUAUAUCUAUAUAUAUGUAUGUAUAGGACUCGUAUAUUAAUAUUAUUAACGGAAAUCAUGUGAGAAUAUAUAAAUACGAUAGUUAUAAACCGAGAAAUUAACGAUACACUUAUAUAUUGCAUACGAAACGAGAAGAAAAAAAAAGUGAGAGAAGGAAGAGCCCGUAUAUUAUUUGAUAAUGAAAAGCCACAUGAUUGAAGCGUACUCACUAUUCGAUGAAUUUACUUUUCUUCUUCUCUUUUUCUGUAGUAUCAUUUUUAAAGAAGCCUGAUUAGAUUUUUAUAAUAAUAUUUGAUUGUGUACUUGAAAGAUAGAGAGAAAGAAAGUGCGAAAGGGAGAGAGAGAAAGAGGAAGCAGCUCAGUUUACAUUAAUGCUUACAACCGAAUUUAGGGCCAGUAUGCUGACAGAAUUUAAUGCAAUUUAUCUUUAAAAGAAUCAGGGACUAUGAGAUAGAAUAUAUUAAAUUCAUGCUUUUUCAGUAUUCCGUGAACGUGUUACGAACGCUCCGCAUUAAUUUUCACUUCAGCGCCUGCCUCUAAAAUCGGCCCGGGUCGUGACAAGUUGAGAGUUAUACAAAGUAACGUGCGCACGUCUUUUAGUAUUAACGAAUGAAGAGUAUGAUUGCGUGAAAAAAAAAGAAAAAAAAAUAGAACGGUGCGAUCCAGGGUUAUAUAGUUGACGAUCAGGAGCACUUAAAAAGCGGGGUCCUGCAUUUUCACAAAUAUCUCGGAUCGAUGAAAAGAGCUUUGUCUUCUAUCAUAUUUUUUCGCGGCAGUUAUUUUGACAGUACCGCAGCUAAUAUACUAGCAGCUAUUUAAUGUCUAGUGUUAUUUGCGAAUCGGUUCGCGCGGGAUGCAAAACUGCCUGCAUGAGAAAUCAUCUGAUGGAUGCAUACCCCCCGAUUGAAACGCAUCUUAGCAUGUAGACACGUUCGCUAAUGACGUACCGAAUAAUCCUUUUAUCGCGCGAACAAAAGUACAAAAA